CGCUGUUAUUAUUGUAAGAGUAAUUUCUUUUUUACGAAAAUGGCGACUAGUCAGGGAGGUGUGGGAGCUGUCACGGCUCUUCAAAGCCAUCACUACUCGAGCGGACCUCACUGGAGCCCGGGCGUCAGCCAGUACCAGCACCAGCAGCAGCACCACACGGCCCGCAGCCUGGACCGGGCUCUGGAGGAUGCCGUGUGCUCGGGGAUACUGAACCUGAGCGGGAGGAAGCUGAGGGAGUACCCGGGGAUGAGCUAUGAUCUGACCGAUACUACACAAGCAGAUUUGUCCAAGAAUCGCCUCACAGAAAUCCCUCCAGAAGUGUGUCUGUUCGCCCCCCUCGAGUCACUCAACCUCUACCACAACUGCAUCAAGUGCAUCCCAGAAGCCAUUAUCAACCUGCAGAUGCUGACUUAUCUGGACAUCAGCCGAAAUCUCCUGUCAGUUUUGCCAAAAUACUUGUUCAGCCUCCCCCUCAAAGUUCUGCUUGUGAGCAACAACAAACUGGUGUCUGUCCCCGAGGAGAUCGGCAAGGCCAAAGAGUUGAUGGAACUGGAUGUGAGCUGUAAUGAGAUCCAGGUGCUGCCAGCUCAGGUGGGGAGGCUCCAUGCCUUACGAGAACUCAACAUCAGGAAGAACUGUCUUCACAUGCUGCCUGAGGAGUUGGCUGACCUGCCUCUCAUCCGACUCGACUUCUCCUGCAAUAAGAUCACAGAGAUUCCUCCAGCUUACAGGAAACUCAGGCAGUUGCAGCACAUCAUCCUAGAUAACAAUCCUAUGCAGUCUCCACCAGCACAGAUUUGUCUCAAGGGCAAAGUGCAUAUAUUCAAGUACCUGAACAUCCAGGCGUGUAGGAUGGACAAGAAGCCGGACACCCUGGACCUCCCCUCCCUUGGCAAGCGUUGCCUUCCACAGCCACUUACAGAUAGCAUGGAAGAUUUUUAUCCCAGUAAGAACCACGGGCCUGACUCUGGAAUCGGCAGUGACAAUGGUGACAAGAGGCUGUCUACGACUGAGCCUUCCGACGACGACACCGUCAGCCUGCACUCUCAGGUUUCAGAGACAGCCCGUGCUGAUGCCCUGUCGCUCCUCUCCAAAAUGGAUUCUUGCAAAGAUCAGGAUCUCUAUGACUUUAUAGACCCCAACCCAGACGAGGAUCCUGCUCUGUCAGAGUGUGACGGGCAGCAGAGCAGUCAUGUGUCUUGUAUAAAGGAACUGGAGAAAGUUCUUAACAUGUCUCACCAAAGCAAAGAUAAAGACGGCUGGAAAGAGGAGUCAGGUUCUGAUAAGGAGCAGCUGGUUGAGGAGGAGGAUGACGAGCUGAAGGAAGUGCUGGACUUGAGGAAGAUUGCUGUCCAACUUUUGCAGCAGGAGCAGCAGAAUAGACGAAGGUCCUUAAUUUGCAGAGCGGAGAGUCUUAUUCACCGACGGAGAGUGACUGGCCGGGCACACAGAUUCCUGAGUCACUCUGGAAGCUCCGGCAGCAAGCCAAGGCCGCCGCCUCAGACUGCUCGCAGUGCUUCUCUGGAUGAAGGAAGUAGUGGAGCGUCAGUGCUCAGUGGACAGCCUUCUUCCUCCUGCUCCUUUGAUGGCAGCCUCAAGACAGAUCAGUCAGAUUCUGAGCCAAAGUGGCCCGAAGUCCCACCGGUCCUCAAUCAGAAUGAAGAUCGCAGGCGGAACAAGUACCUGAGAAAAGAUUACCUGAAGUAUAAGUGUCAAAGUGCUCGGAAAAACUCCAGCGGGAAUGACGACUGUGAGGAUGGCUUGCGCAAUGCUGAUUUCAGUACCACUCUGACAGUGUUUGGACUGAAGCCCAGAUCAGCCUUCACCCGAGGAAGCCGCCAGGAGUACACCUCAACUGACCCCAGUUUCACUAUGAGGAGGAAGAUGGAGCAUUUGAGAGAGGAAAUGGAGCAGAUAGGACUCUUACGACAGAACAUUGAGUCAAGACUGAAGGUGCUACUCCCAGACGAUGUUGGAGCUGCUCUGAUGGAUGGGGUUGUCCUUUGUCAUUUAGCCAAUCAUAUUUGUCCUCGGUCUGUUGCCAGCAUCCAUGUGCCGUCUCCUGCAGUGCCAAAGCUUAGCAUGGCUAAAUGCCGUAGGAAUGUGGAGAACUUCUUGGAUGCCUGUAAGAAGCUGGGUGUCACACAGGACAAGCUGUGUCUGCCCCAUCACAUCCUAGAAGAGCGCGGCCUGGUGAAGGUGGGAGUGACUGUCCAGGCUCUGCUGGAUCUGCCUGCAUCGAAGCCCACACAACUGUCAGCCGUUUGACACGAGCCUGAAUGUUGCGUACAACCUGCAGUCAUCCAGCCAACCCCUCUAUCCAUCCCGAACCCAAACCCCAUCGCCAGGGACCAGAGAGCCCCCCGGGGUGAGGAUCCAGUGAACCGUGGGUCUUUGGGAGUCUGUUUCUGCCUGACUGAAACAGGAGACAGGAGGGGGAAAUACCUCUGUCUCUUUAAAUGAUGUCAGCCGCCAUCCCACUUCUGUCCAUCACAUUUUCACUUGUAUCCUGUUCCUAGUUACUGGGGUGAUCCCGUAUGUGUGUGGACUGUGUGUUUCCUGAGCUGCUUGGACUUGCCGAGGGGGGACGGAAAAGACAGUGGGUCUAUACAGGAAGACCUGUGCGUCCCUCUCAAAAUGCUCAGUGAUUAUUGAGUCUGCAAGUGCCAGUACUGAUACAUUUCCACGCUGGUGUUGGAGACAUUGGCAGUGAGGAGAUGACAGACAUGUGACUCACUCUUUCACGAAAGAGACUGAAGCUGCACGCUGGCCUCGCAGCCACUGACUGACCUCAAGGGGUUCAUACACUCUUGAGUUUCUCCUCUUUUUGUGGAAUUUAUUCUCUCCAUGAAAAUCAUUUUUUUGUAUUUAUAAGUGGGUUUUUUUCAGGUCCUCACUGUCUCUGCUUUUCAGCAGCUAAACUUGAUUCAUAACUUAUUUGAGCUAUUACGUCACUGCUUUGGGUGAAUUGCAAGGCGUGUCUCUGAAAAACAUCACAGCUAUGACUGGGUCUGAUGGAUGUCACGCUCCAGUUGACAUGUGGCCUGUUUUCCCUCAAACGCUGGUUUGGUUUUGACCUAUUUAAACUACUGUACAAAACUUUUUCAAUACAAACCUGCAUGCCAUGGCACUUGACCACUGUGAGAACAUGAGUUUGACCCGAAACAAGACGCUCCUGUUUUGUAGCAUUUUUUUUCUUACAGUUUUUGUUAUUGACACAUAUUCAACUUUUCUAAAGCUCUCUCAAUUUCUUUCCUGUCUUUGCCAAUCAUCACUUGCCAUUUUGUGGAGGUGAGAGUGUGGGUUUGCCAUGUUGGACAAAAAGUGGUUCUGAUUUUAUUGCUUUGCAUAACCUCAGAUGUUUCUACUGUAUGUCUCUGUGAGGAAGAGGAGGGAUCUGAGUGAAGGGGCAGUCACUCAAGCAAACCUUCCACACGUUGCACACUCCUAUCAUACUGCCAGGCCACCCUGCUGUUUGUGGUAUCUGAUACAAUUAAUUAUUUCAGGGAAAUUAAAUUAUUUAUGUAUUUAUUCAUAUGUUUUCUAUUUAUGUGUUGUUCCUGUUGUGUGUCUUAACCCUCACUACCAGAUCAGGUGCGGUGCAGCUGAAUACGUAUUUCCUGUAAUCUCGUAAAAAAUGACUGAAAGCAGUUUGAAGUGUAGCUCCACUGUUCCUUUGUGAAUUAUUGGCAUUAGACAGUCAUCACACUUAAGAGUUGAGCCAGCGUGGGAGUUAAAAUCAACUAUACUAACACCAUUUGUCAAUAGAGCUGACAGCGUGAAGUACUAUCAUAACAGAGGCUUGAUUUUUGGGCAGACGUUAUGCAAGAGUUGAUUGUGUUCACAAAGGCCGACUUUAUUCUUGACUGAAAAUUCAAGACAGUUUUUGUCAUCUCCUCAUAAAGUAACACCCUGUUAAAUUGCAAGUGAUGUGGGUCUUGUUGUAAGGUGACUGGCAUGUUUAUCCAGGCAGUGCACCGAUCUUUUUAAAAUUAGGACUCCAGGGCGAAACAACAAAAUUCUAGCAAGAACUGGAGGAAAGUUAUAAAUCAUUUUUUUUUUCGUGUCAGUAGUCAACUCCAACUUGACUAUGAAUAAAUAGUAAGAAUGGCUAUGAUGCGGGCAAAAAGAUUUUUAUUUCUGUGCUUUAUUGGUUUUUUUUUUACAUGCAGUGUGAAUAUUUUCCCAUUGACUGUGGCGCUGACACACCUAAUCACCACCAAAGAACUAGUCAUGACAAAGAGCGACUGUUGUGUCGUCCUACGUCAACUGAUUCCUGGUCAAAAUGUUACGCUUGAACACACCACAAAGACUACAGCUUGUGGCCAACUAGCAUGUAGGCUCUGCAUCUGAGCGAGAGGAAAUAACUCUAGAUACCAGCAGGUGGUGAUCAUCUGACAAUGUCAUUUAAAAAGUGAAACCAGUAAACUGACAAGGAUGGAUUCAAGAUGCUAGUUAGCCAGUUAGUGCAUGAAGAAAUCAAACUAAUGUUGAAAGAACAAAGGAUACUUACUGUGCACUAGGAGCUGAAAUGCAAACAAUUACAAACCGUUUGUGCUAAAGAGUUCAAUGGCUAAAAACAAUAAUGUAUCAAAUAUAACGUGAUCUCACGCCCGCUUGACUUAUGUUGUUUGUGGGUUAGGGGGCUGAGAAAAGCUGAGGGCUUUGUGACCUUUGUGACCUCAGGCUAUUGGCAAAGGCUUUGCUAGUUCAGCUACGGCAGCCUGCAGUUGACACAAAAUCCAGAAACAAGUAGGCAAGGUGGUUAGAGCCGAGUUUUGAUAUCUUGUGAAGGCAUAGCUGAUCAUGAUGCAAAACUGCUGUAACAUUUGUGUUUAGUUUGUGUAGCUUAGCUGAAACAUCUUGGAGGACUGCAGUACUUAUUGCCACUUUAAAGGGAAGGUUCACCCAAAACUGAAAAUUUAGUCAUUAUCUACUCACCUUUAUGCCAAUAGAAAGUCAAGUGAAGUUUUAUAGUCCACAAAAUACUACCAGAGUUUCAUGGGGAAAAGGCGUUGCACUCAUCUCCCAAACAGUUGAAGCAAAUGGUAACAUUAAAAAAACACAAAAUGUUGCCAUACUGCUCGUCUGAAGUAAUCAAAGCGUCCUGAAGCCCCAACGUGCCAAGUUCAGUGUUUCCUCUACACUCAUUUAGGAGUGGCGGCCCGCCACUCUUAAAUCCUAC